AUGAUCCCAAGAAAUGGACGACUAAUAGUGAGAAGCAGAGCAUUGCCGUUGCGAACAUUUGUGUUAUUAAGAUCAUCGGCAUAUAAAACCCACAUCAAGAAUGUGUCCACAUUUGUCCCUACGAGAAAUUUAGGAUUUCUUAAAUUUAUAACCAGAGCAGUCAAGAUGCCUGCUUAUAUAGGUGGAACUAUGGCAGCCGGAGGUACUUAUGUUGCUUAUAAAGUCGAACAAGCAAGUAACUAUACACAAGACAAACUAUCAGCAUUUAAGGAUUUCGCGGAUGGCGUUUUUGAUAAAACCGGUGAUUUCUUCAAAAACCUUGGCGGAACUGAUGGCGCAACAGGUGGCAAUGGUGCAGAGGAUGGAGCAUCAUCGGGUGGUAUUGGAGGAGGAGGGGGAGGCAGUGGUGGCAACGAUACAGCUACUGCUGUAGGUGCUACAGCUGCCGCGGUCGGUCUCACAUCAGACGAGGAUGAAUCGACAGAAGCAGAAACAGACAUCGAGGAAGAAGACGAAGAAACGUUGAUUGAAGAUGACAGUGACGAUGACGAUGAUUUAGCAAGCGAUGAGACAGACGAUCAUAUGCUUAAUUUGACAAGACAAAUGAUUGAAAUAAGAAACCUUUUAUCCAGCUUGAAUCACGAUGGAAUUAAAUUGCCAUCAAUUGUUGUUAUUGGAUCCCAAUCUAGUGGUAAGUCUUCAGUUUUGGAAAGUAUAGUGGGUCAAGAGUUUUUACCAAAAGGGUCAAAUAUGGUAACCAGAAGACCGAUUGAAUUGACAUUGGUUAAUACACCAGAAGCUGCUGCUAAUGUGGCAGAAUUCCCAGCUUUGAAAAUGUAUAAUCUAACCGAUUUCCAGCAAGUGCAAAAGGUUCUAUUUGAUUUGAAUAUGGCUGUACCUCCAUCUGAAUGUAUUUCCAAUGAUCCCAUUCAAGUUACCAUCAGAUCACCAACCGUGCCUGAUUUGUCCUUGGUAGAUUUACCUGGAUAUAUUCAAGUUGAGGCCGCUGAUCAACCCACAGAAUUGAAAAACAAAAUCAGAGAAUUAUGUAAUAGAUAUCUAGAACCACCGAAUGUUAUUUUGGCUAUAUCUGCUGCUGAUGUUGAUUUAGCAAAUUCUGCUGCAUUGAGAGCCUCAAGACUUGCAGAUCCACGAGGAGAAAGGACAAUUGGGGUUGUUACAAAAUUGGAUUUGGUUGAUCCGGAACAAGCACGUAAAAUAUUGUUGAACAAAAAGUACCCUUUGAGAUUGGGAUAUGUGGGUGUCAUUACCAAAGCCCCACAUUCAAAAGCUACUACAAGUGGACUAUUUUCUAGAAAACAAGUGACUGGGUAUCAAUCUUUUGUCGCUCAACAGAAUUUUGAACAUACUUUCUUGAAGGAAAACAAGGAUGCAUUUUUUGGAUGCACGGUGGGCACCAGAAACUUGAAGAAAAAAUUGAUGAAAGUGUUAGAGAAAACCAUGGCAGCUUCUUUACGACCAACUCAUUUAGCAAUACAACAAGAAUUGGAAGAAACUUCAUAUCAAUUUAAGGUAGAAUUUAAUGAUCGUCCAUUAACACCACAGAUGUAUUUGGCCAAUAAUAUUGAUAUGCUCAAGUUAGGAACUAAAGAUUUGAGCCAUAACUUUUCAAGAAAUGAAUUGAAAGCAAUUUUGAAGAACGCAUUAGAUCAAAAAGUCUUGGACUUAAUGGCAGAACGGUAUUGGAACAAGCCGUUUGAAUUGAAGGGGUCUUUGGUUGAACCUGAUUUACGUGAAUUAACUCAAAUAAAUAUCGACAAUGACAUUUAUUGGCAUAAGAAGUUGGACUUGACUACGUCAUCAUUGACUAAGCUUGGGGUCGGGAGAUUAUCAACAAAUUUGAUCACAAAUGCUUUGCUUACAGAAGUUGAUAAUUUAGUGGAUAACACUCAAUUACGAAACCAUCCCAUGGCAAAAUCAGCAGUACGCGAAGCCGCAAGAUCAGUAUUGGGGAAUAAAUAUUACUCGACUGCUGAUCAAGUUGAAAACUGUAUCAAGCCAUACAAGUAUGAGAUUGAAUUGGAGGACCGUGAAUGGCAAACGUCCAAAGAAAAUGCAGUCAAUUUAUUGAAAGAAGAAAUGCGACAAUGUGACGAGGUUUACCAUGAUUUAAAGAGCCAGGUUGGAGGCAGAAAAUUGCAACAGGUUGUGACUUAUCUUGAGAGAUUAAAGCAACAAAAUGAUUCAGAUGUUGAUUUAACAACCAAUGAAACAUUAGGGUUUUCACCAACUUUGAUUCAGCGUGGUAAAGAAGCGAUUUUUCUCAAGGAAAGAAUGUCCUUAUUGAAAAUGAGAUACCAAUUUGUCAAAAAUUCCAAAAAAUGUAAAAAGAAGGAGAACAAGUAUCAAUGUCCGGAAAUAUUUUUAGAUGCAGUGACUUCGAAAAUAACCUCUACUUCAAUAUUAUUUUUGAAUGUUGAGUUGUUGAGUGAUUUUUAUUACAACUUUCCUCGUGAGUUGGAUUUAAAGUUCUUUAAUAAUUUGAGUAAAGAGGAAAUAGAGAAAUUUGCCAAAGAAGAUCCAAAGAUCAAAAAGCAUAUUGAAUUACAAGAAAGAAAAGACUUAUUGGAAAAUGCUUUAAGCAAAGUUGAGAGUGUCUUAGCGGUCCAAAGAACAACACAAAAAGAUAAUACAGAGGAUCGUAAUAAGAAAUCUGUUUUUGGUUGGUGA